AUGGGCUUCUUCCAUCGCAAUAAGGUCAGUAAGACCGCCGCCGGGCCGGUGCCGGUCAAGCCCGCGCCGGUAAACGCCUCGGGUCACUAUCACGCAUCGCCGCCGCCGCCGCCGCCACGUCCUCCACGGUAUGCGACGUCGACGACGCAGACACCGACGUACUGGCAGCCCCAGGCACAGUACCACCAUCCCCCGCCUCCAUAUCACCACCCGCAACAAGAGCUGCAACAUCAACAGCAGGUUCAGCAGCAACAACAACAACAACACCGCCCCCAGGGAUGGUCUCAACACCCCCAACGGGGCCCGUACCCCCAACCCAUCGUCGUGAACCAGCACUACCACCUUCACCCGCCGCCGCCCUCCUCCCACCUCGCCCUCACCGCACCGCCGGCGGCGGCGGCGGCGGCAGCGUCCCACGCUGGCGUUGGGGCGAACCCUUGCCCCUUGGGCCUCGACAAGUUCGCCGGCUCGGUCGUGACCAUCGCCAAGGACUUCGCGUCGCCGCACUUCCUUGAGGAGCCCAACUUCCACCCGCACGCCGCGCAGCUCAUAAGUUCCACCGCCGUCUGCAUGGACCAGAUCGCCGGGUGCUUCAAUGACGUCAUGACCCUCAUUGACUGCGAGAGGCUCGUGGGUAACGAGAAGGCCCUGUUCUCGUACCAGCAGGACGGUGACGCGAGGAAGACGACCAAGAAGAAGGGGUCCUCCUCCUCCUCCUCGUCGUCGUCGUCGUUGUCCAAGGGGCAGUCGACCGCUGUCGCCCCGUCGGUGGUUUCCGGGAACUACUUCGCAAAGGUCGAGUUAUACGCCAACUCGAGGUUGGCCAUGAAUCUCCCGCCGCUGAGGCUAUACAUGCCCACCUGGCCCAUCCUCUGCAUGGCGGCGCAGUACGCCGAGCGCGUGUACGACAACCCCAAGGGCGCCGAGCGCGACGCCCACGUCUCGGCCGACUGGAGGACGGGCACCAAGGCCAUGGUGAUCAAGUCGGUGCCCAUGGACCACGUCGGCACCAUCGUCUUCGCCAUCCGCGGCUCGGCCAGCGUCCAGGACUGGGCCGUCAACCUCAAGGCGGAGCCCGUCCCGCCGGCCGGCUUCCUCGACGACCCGGGCAACUCGUGCCACGCCGGCUUCCUCGACGUCGCGCGCAAGACGGUGCGGCCCGUCGCCGCGCGCCUGCGCCAGCUGCUCGAGGAGGACCCGCGCCGCAGCGCCUACAGCCUGCUCAUCACGGGCCACUCGGCCGGCGGCGCCGUCGCGAGCCUGCUGUACGCCCACAUGCUGUCGACGUCGCCCGAGGCCGAGAGCGAGCUCAACGUGCUGACGGGCUGCUUCAAGCGCGUGCACUGCGUCACCUUCGGCACGCCGCCCGUCAGCCUGCUGCCGCUGCAGCGGCCGGACCGGCCCGAGCUGCGCAAGAGCCUGUUCCUCACCUUCGUCAACGAGGGGGACCCGGUGCCGCGCGCCGACAAGGCCUACGUGAAGAGCCUGCUGGAGCUGUUCGCGGCGCCGCCGCCGCCGAGGGAGAGGGAGAGCAAGCCGGCCAUCUCGGCGCUGGUCGUCGGCGGGGGCCAGGAGAGGGAGACGAAGGAGAAGAAGAAGAAGAAGAAGGCGGACGUGGGGAGCCGGCUGGCGGCCAAGGCGAGCAAGAUGUCGCUGGCCCAGGCGGCCAAGGGGUCCCGAGACUCUUCGGAGAGGGACGGGGGCAGCGGCAGCAGGAGGAGGAGCAAGCCGAUGUGGAACCUCCCGCCGAGCACGCUCAGCUCGCCCGGCCGGAUCGUGGUGCUCCGGAGCGGCGAUCCCAGGGCGGGCAUCAAGGACCGGAAGACGGUGGCCGAGCGGCUGGACGAGGGGGUCAUCGCACAGACGGUCACGGACCAGGAGCUGCGGCAGGUCGUGUGGGGGGACCCUGUGUGCCACCUCAUGAGACUGUACUCGGGGAGGAUCGAGACUCUCGCAGUCGGGGCUGUCACUGGAAAGCAUGGUUGA